GCAGAAUGCGAAUACGAAUUAAAUAUAUACUUAACUUCUAUUUUAGAAGAACUUAUUACCGAAAAAAGCCAAGAAAUAAAUACCAUCGAUCAAAUUAUGAAAAAUCAAAAAGGCGUUGGAAGUCAUUUAAAAUGGUGUAAAAAAUGCAAUACGACCAAUAUAGAUAAUAAAAAACGUACUUGUCCUAACUGUAAUGAAAAAUUGGAUACAUUAGCUGCCUUACAAGCCGAAUCAGCUAAUGAAUUAAUUCAGCUUCUUAUUUAG